AUGGCUAAAUGCGAGACUUGCCCUAAAACGUUUGCUACUCAGGAAGCAUGCAAGCAGCACAUGGCUGAAAUGGGCCAUAGAAAACCAAGGAAGAAAUGCGAUCAGUGCAACAAGUUGUUUCAAGAUCGGAGGGCAGCAGAAGCGCACAUGACACAAGUCGGGCAUUGGAGCCCCAAGAUUCCCUGUCAAACCUGUGCGGUCAAGUUCAUGACGCACCAAGCAGCAAAGGAACACAUGGCAGACAAGGACCACUACAAGGACUACUGCAAACCCUGUGAUACACGUUUCCCCAAUGAAAACGAACUGAAAAUGCAUUUCAGUUCAAAAGCUCACCGUCGCACGCAAAAGCCUGAUCCGGGAAAUGUAGAGAACCUUAUCAGAACUCAAUCUAACACAAAAGACUUUUCAAGCAAUGGGGAAAUAAUUACUAGUUUGAACCUCAAACGUGCCAUAUCAGGCACAACUACUAACGAAGAGUCUCCUGAGCCCAAUGAUUACACUGUAGGAUGGGUUUGUGCGUUACCGACGGAGAUGGCAGCAGCUGAAGGAAUGCUUGAGAAAGUCUACCAAGCUCCCCCACAACACAGGCUAGAUGAGAACAAUUACGUUCUUGGCCAGAUUGCGCACCUGAAGAUCGUCGUAGUUUGUCUACCAUCUGGGGUUUUAGGUACAACGCCCGCGGCUGUGGCAGCAGGACAAAUGCGCCAAACCUUUCCUGCAUUGAAGCACUUUUUGCUGGUGGGUAUUGGGGGCGGUAUGCCGAGCACAAACUCUGACGUGCGCUUGGGAGAUGUUGUCAUCAGCCAAAAGGUCAUCCAGUAUGAUCAUGGCAAAGCUGUUCCAGGCAAUAACUUGGUACUGACGGGCCAUUUGAAUCACCCGCCGGCCAUCUUACUCAAUGCCGCUUCACGCCUUGAAAGUCAAGAAGUUACAGGGUCACCUGAACUAGUGUCUUCGGUCUUAGGACACUUAGCUCGUAUGCAAGCCAAAUACCCCGAUUCAGAAUACAAUUGGUCAUAUCCAGGCGUUGAGAAAGACCAGUUGUUCAAUAGCGAUUAUGAUCACGAAGGAAACAACCCCACCUGCGUGGAAUGUGACCCAGCCCGGUUGCAGUUGCGCCUACCACGUGUGAAGACACGGCCAAAAUUUCACUACGGAACGAUAGCAUCCGCUAACAGAGUCAUGCGCGACGGUACUGCUCGAGAACGACUCCGUAAGGAAACCGACGCACUGUGUGUCGAAAUGGAAGCGGCUGGGCUUAUGAAUAACUUUCCAUGUUUGGUUGUUCGUGGUAUUUGUGAUUACGCUGAUUCCCACAAGAACAAGGACUGGCAAUUACAUGCUGCGGCGAUAGCAGCUGCGUAUGCUAAGGAGCUGUUGUCUAUUAUACCAAAGCACACAUAG